UUUGGCUAGUUUGGUGGGUUUGGUUUUGGUGUCGUUGAUUUCACGAGUGGUCUCACGCCAUUUUUAUUUAUGCAUGGUGGGGGGUAAUAUAGUAAGCAACAUUGUGCAGAAAACUUACGAAUAAUUAUUAUUAAAAUUCUGCCGAAGUAAUAGUGAGCUAACAGCGAUGUAGAUCGGCGCGCGUACCGCAAUUGUACAUAGCGUUAGAAUAAUUUCGCCAGUGCUCUGUGCGAAAAUAUUAAUGCAUUUGUUGAACCGUGGUGUUCACUGCGAAAAUCAGCGAUUUUUUCUACACUGCACAGAGAAUAAAAUGGAUUAUCGUCAAAAGAUGGUUGUCAGUUCGCAUCAUAAAUAUAAACAAGAGGAUGAUGACGACGAAGAUUUAGAGGCAUUAAGGUUAGCUGCUCUUCAAACAUUAAGGGCAAAAGACUCUCUUCAGAAUAAAAGACAAUAUUCACCAUUACAACGGACAACUGCUCCACAAAUUACUCAACCAUCACAAGCACAUUAUAAAGGACAAAAAGUUCCGAUCAGAGGAUUCUACCAAAAAACAUAUGCACCGAUACAAAAGCAAAAUGGGACAUGUUAUUAUCCUAGUCCUUGUAAUCCAAAUUUGAUAACCAUAGUCCCCGUGGAUGCAAAUAUUGUUGCCAAGGAGACUGAAUUAUCAAGCCUUUCUAAACUGCAGGAUGCAAAUUCUGGUGAAGAAAAAAAGAGUUUUGAAGAAUCAAAAUUUUAUCGUUACAAAGACAACGCAAGUGGAUCUGAAGAAGAAGAUCUUGGAGAUCAUAAGAAUGACUUAUCAGAAAAGGUCCUCACGGAAUCUAUAGGUAUGGAUGGUGCUGACGCUGAUGAAGAAUCAACUGAUAAGGAAAACCAAAGUGCUGCGGAAGAAAGUCCUCCAAGAACCGAAGAGGAUGAUGACGAUGAAGACAAUGAUGAUGACGACGACGUCUUAUUAAUGGCCGAUCUUGAGGAAGAGGACAGUUUGGAGCGAUUGAUGGAUGAGAUGGAGAAAGAAAUGAACGUGGACAAACCGUCAGAGAAAAGAGAGAAGAGACGGGAGUCUUUGAGAAAAGACAUGAAGAAGGAACCAAGGAGACGCGAGGAAUCACUCAAAAGUCAAAAUCAAAAAACAAAGUCAGAGCAAACGGGAAGGAGAAACAAAAGCAAUAGUCCUGCUCAGUUAUUACCCGCGACUGUUAUAAAAAAUGAACAGAGAUCAGUGUCACCACAUACCGCCAGCAGACCUAUCCAUAAACGAAGAUCACUGUCACCAAGGUCUCGAUCUAGAAAAAAGUCACCGAGAAGAUCACCGAGGAGAUCACCAGUUAGACAAAUAAGAAAAUUACAAAGGGAGCUACCGCGGUACCGAUCGCCGCGAAAGUCUCCAGCGAGGUUCUCGCCAAGACCAAGAUCACCAAGGCUAUCACCACGUUUAAGAUCACCAAGAUCAUCCCCGCGACGGUCACCGAACAGAUCUCCUAAAAGGUCACCAUUAAGAAAAUUAUCACCCAGAGGAAGAUCACCUAGAGCGUCAUCUCAUGUAAGGUCACCCAGAUCAUUACGAUCACGAUCACCCCGAUUAUCUUCUAGAUCAAGAUCACCAAGACCCAUUAGAUCGCCAAGAAUGUCUCCAAGACCUAGAUCACCACGACUGCCACGAUCAAGGUCGCCACGAUUAUCACCAAGACGAUCGCCUACCAGACAUUCAUCAAGAUCGAGAUCUCCAAAAUUGUCACCACAGUUGAAGUCACCGAGGUUAUCACCCCGUCGGUUGUCACCUGCACGAAGACCAUCACCUCGAUCGAGAACUCCCCGAUUGUCUCCCCGGAGAGGUUCUCCGCGGUUUAGGUCUCCAAAACGUUCUCCUAGAAGAUCUCCACCACGUAUCCGAUCCCCUAGACCAUCACCGCACGAGUCACCAUGGUCUUCACCAAGAAAUUCACCCAGACUUUCUCCUAGACGACGACGAUCCCCGAAGUGGUCUCCGAAGGAAUCGUCUCGAAAGCCUAGAGCACGCUCUAUUACUCCUGACGGACCUACUAACCCUCCACCCAAAAGGGAUGUGUCUCCGGUACCAAAAGGUAAAUCACCAGAUAACACGAGGACAAAACUGAAGCAAAGAGAAGACGUGCCCGACAAACCUACUGUGGUAGUUACUGACUCUAACAAGGAAUCCCAAAAUGUGGUAAACGACCCAAUCUUGGAAGCUCGACGCCGCAAGUUUGAAUCGACAAAACCUAUAGAUCCUGUUCACGCUAAUAAAAAAAUCAAGUUAACUAAAAAAGACAGUACAUCCAAAAAACCAGAACCUCCAGAAGAACCCACCCAGGAAACUACCAGUGUAGCUAUAAAAAAAGCUCCUAACAGCCCUGUAGAGUACGAUGCAGCGGAAUCAGAUUUGUGCUUAGAUGUGGAUUAUGAGUUUGAGGAUUUACCAGAAUCAAUGGAUGAAACAUCUGUGGUUACUGUUGCAAGUUCAGUAACAGUGUGCGAAGAACCUGAGCCAGUGAAGAUCGAAAAAGAGAAGCCAUCGAAAAAGAAAAAGAAGAGGGACAAAGAGCUGUAUCAAGUUGGAAAAUUGAAAAAUGAAUUGCCUCUUUCAGAGCGUAUUGGGAAAGAGAAGAAAUGUAAGAAGCACAAAGACGUGGAUGGUCCUAACGAAGAGGUAGAAACUAUCAUCGAGGAUCUGACAGUCGACGAAGAAGGUGACUUACGUGCUGAACUCAGCAGAAGGCGUGCUGAGAGAUUAAACAGAACAGCGCCCAUUCAAUCUGCAAGACUCGUACAAUCAGCAUUCAAAGGAGUUGUCAGCGAAGCCGCUAAAACUAAUGCAAAAGUAAAUCGAAGACACAUCGUUAAGACCGAUGACAAAUCGAAUCAAAAAGAAGUGAGACGCGUGACUGUGCUUCAUCGUCCUGUUUCCGAAUUACAUGAUUCCGAAGAUGAAACUGUGGACUCCAAGGUUCCCAUACGCUUCAGACUAGGUAUUAGUAAGCCAGUGCAAGACACUAGGGAGGCCAAGGCAUCGAGGAAGGCUUCCAAAAGACAAAGCCGCAAGGUAAAACACAAAAAUUUGUCUCUAAAUGAUACUGAGCAUACGGUAUAGUGUCAAUUGUAGAAUAAAAUGUGUACAUAUAUCCUAAAUACAUAGAUAUAUCUAUAUAUAUCUAGAUAUAAAUAUAUAUUUAGGGAGAAAUAGAUACGUACGUACAGGUACAGACAUACGUAUAGUAUACAUAUUUCUUGGGAUAAAAUCCACAAUAAUUAUUAUUAUCAACGGAUCUACCGAACAUGUCGAUAGGAGUUAAUGUUUUUUGCAACGCAACAUAUUUUGUAUUUAAGAAAUCGCAUAAUUCACUGUGUCAAUCACUGGUGUAUUUGACCAUGAUAAAACUAAAUUAAUUCACACUCUCUGACAUGUUCCUCGUUUGACUUCUUUUUUUUUUAUUUUAUUUCCUUCGUUGUUACAAAUUGAACGAAUUUUUAUGACUGCAAUAAAAUUCCACCAAUGUUUUGUCGUUCUUCGAAUUUUCUCUCAAUGAUAUUAUGAUUGUUCGUUUUGAUCGUAUUCACUUUACUCUUUGACAUCACAAAUGUCUUUCUGCAUGUACCAAUGGAUCAUAAUAACAUUUGCCUGUAGGAAUGCAUCUAGCAUUAUGCAAGUCACUGUUAAAUAUGCACAUAUAAUUUAGAGAGGAAAAUAAUACUCAAAGAAAUUCAAAAACUUCAUAUAGUCACACGGGAUCAUUAACGAGUCACGUUUAUACUACAUAUUAAUGAUAAAUCAGUCGUAUAUUAAACCUCUCGUAUACACGGACUAUCAUUGAGAAUUAAUGAUGCAUUGUAUAAUAGUCGUAUACGUUGAACGAGGUCACUAUAAAUAGAUAUUUAAGAAAACGUAGAGAAACCCAGUGUUAUUUGUAUUUGAGGGAAACGUUUAAAUUUCACUAGUACGAUCGAACGGACCAAGAGUGUUUGAGCAGAUUAGGCACAGUUAAUUACUUAAAAAAUUUUCUGUUCUUUUUUUAAUUGCGUUACAAUUAAUUACACGAGUUAUAUUAUUUUGAGAUACGAACUCUUGAUCUGAUCUAUACCCGCAUGUAUAUACAUUACAUAUGAACAUCCUCACGGCAAAUCGUAGCUCAUGAUAACAUAACCGUCAUUCAUCGUUAGACACUCAUUGCGAUAAUAUUUUACAAACAAGAUGAACGUCGUUACGGUUGAAUGAAAAAUUAAUGAUGACACACCUUAAUCCAAUGAAAAGGCGCCUGUCUGUUUUGCCUGUCAUUAAAAUCAUACGCUGAUAAUUACUCAAGUAAAUACAGUUAAUAUUUCGCAUAUUCCGAUAACGCGAGGAACGAAACUUGAUAACACAAUUUUACAUAUUGCCCAAGCAGUAUAAUUGUAUGACGUAGGACAGGUUCAAUGUGCCUUGAUUAAAUCUAUUGACUGCGCGUAGUCGUUAAAAACAAAAAGUCCAGAAACAAUAAUACGAAAAAGUGCAUACGAAAAUCGCAUUAGAAGACAGCAUUCGUUAUUAGUUAUCGAGUACUCUAUUCAGGAUAACUCCGGUGUAACGUAUGAAUGAUAUUCUGGCAAUGAUGAAAUUUGUAUUUACGGGCUUAGUACAAUGUCACUUAUUAAAACGAACGAAACUGCUGUCGUUUGGUCGGAAGAUCAUCGAGUAUCGAAUUCUUUCUGUCGGUUAAUAUUUCUCACGAAUGAUAGUCGAUGAUUACCGCCUGACGUAGCAGUCAAAUUAAUGUUGCUUCGAUUAUAGUCAUUGUUAAGUAAACGACAGAUCCAGAUAAUCAUUAGACUAUCAAAGAGUAGGCCAUCUUAUACUUAAAUCGACUAUCGUUAUACCUGUCACUUUCGAUACACUUGAUUUUAAAUCGAUAGGCAAUCGCGCGGGAAAGUUUGAAAAAUAAAUGUGAUAUAUCUUCUUCUUUUUUGUUUAGGAAUAACGUUAACGAACAUUCGCCAGAUUGCGUAUUUGUACGAAGAGAGAAAAGAAAAAUGUGUGAAUGAUCAUGAGAAUGAGGAAGAGUGAAUGCGCGGGGGAGAGAGAGAGAGAGAGUGCGCGGGAAAAAGGGAAAUAUUUAAAAAGAUAAAAGAAAGUAGCUGUUCACCUUACAUCAUUUUGUUGUCAAGUUACAGAAAGAUAAGCUCAGUAAGGUUUGCAUUAUUAAUAAUUGAAUUAGAAUAUGUACGGUUUCAUUAUUAUCUCUUAAAAUUAAUUCAAUGAUGACGAUGAUGAAGGAAGAUUAACGAUGAUAACGAAGCUUAAUAAACAUUAGAUGACAAUAUCGGCGAAAAAUUUAAUAACUUCGGCAUCUGGUUUUAUGUAAUUAUUUAUUGUUAAUACGUUGCCUAGGCUCUUGAUUACGAAUUAAUUAUAUUGAAUCAUUGUCUAUUAUGUGAAAAAUAUGUGUAAAUAAUUCUCAUCGCUCGCUCGCUAAAUAAACAAAAGGACAUAAAAAAACAAAUUCCCCGAAGCUGUGACCUUUCGUGAACCUAAAAGAAACGUUAACUAUGUUCGACUAACGUUGUUAAAAAAGAAAAAAAGAAAACUCUUCGGAGACGAGAGGUGUAUUUAUUACUUUAAACGAUGAUCCCCUUUAUCGAUAUAAGGAUCUAAUGGCAGUGCAGCGUCUUACAUAACUGAUUAAUUCUGUAUACGCUCCAAUGUGUCGUAUUAUUUAUCAUUCUUUUGUAAGAGCACCAAACUCGCUGUAUAUAACGGGAAUUGUAUUGUCGCGCAACGAGAAUACUUUGUUAAAGAAUAUUUUUUUACAGGUUAGAUUAUAUACCAUCCUUAGCCGUUACCUUUCGUUUUAUCAUGUAACGUGUAUAGUAUAUUGGAUAUGUUAGACUUUCUAUUACGAUUGACUGAAUAUAACGUAUUACAUAUAUGCGCCAAUGCGACUAAUUACGGCUGUUGUUCCACCAAUCCACAAUUAAGUUUACGUAGAUUAAGAAAAAAGUAUUAAGCAAAAAGACUAUAGAAUUAAUUACGCUACUUACCCUUUUAUCAACGGUUAUCGACGUCUUACGAUUUUGCAUGGUUUUCACGCUGUUCCGGUAGAUUUUAAAUGCAGUCAAAUUCAUCACUCUAUAUCUACCCAACCAAAGUACUUGUUCAACCGCUAUUAUACUCGUAUGGUUAUUAUUUUAUUUAACGUAAAAUCAUGUUCCUCGCAAGCUAUACCACUCACUGCCAUUCGUAUACGAAUCUAAGAACCAUUGAAUUUACAUUAUGGACGUCUCUUUGCUUGAUGGUCACCGUGCGAUUUUAUUUUCAUAGGAAUUCAUGCUUGUGUGACUUUUAUUUUUUUUAUUGUCUCUAAUGCAAAAGAUGCCUUAUCAAUGUUGGGUUCGUUGGAACGUCCCUAUGCGGCAUGUUUAAUACGGAAAAGAAUAUUUUUUCAUUUCUAAUGUGCAUGCGUGUGCUAUAUAUACUUUUCUCGUGAUGUUCGCCAUAGCCUGUCAGUAUAUAGGUCGUAGAUGAUAAUAAUCAUCGGAUCCAACAGGACCAUCCGAAGUACUGACGUUUCAUCGUGUACACGAUAUGCGAUGACUCUUAGAGUAAGAUCGAUAUCGUGCACUACGAUUCGAUCUGGUGUAUCAUAGAAUAACACAGUCACAGUAAUUGCACGUGGAUGAUUAUGAUAUACGAGAUUAUAGGAUUGGAUAGAAAGAAAUUUGAGAUAUUUAAAAUACAUUUCGUAUCCUGAAGUUUCUAAGAUCUUUUUUUUUGGGUUAUAUGUAUUUUUCUCCAUGCGUAUAAAAGUGAUACAAUUUCACAAUAAUAAAUCGAGAAGUUCAGAAUUGGCGCCAAUUUUAAAAGCUUCCAUGAGCUUACGAAGAGUAUGACGUAAUCUUUAUUUAUAUUUCUGUUAAAAAAAAUAAAAGCGUCUUGUUUCUUAAUCAAAGCUGAUUAAUCGGCACUUUGUCAUGGCAAAUUUACUAUUUUAAUUUUUAUGUAUGUAUAUAUAUAUGUGUACGGCAGACUGAUCAUUCCUUAGAAUGAUAUUCUGUGUUAUUCUGUGAUAAUUGUUGCAGCUAGUCCGCGUUACGACUUUCUAUAUUUGCGAUAUUUAAUUUAUUGAUCUAAUUUUCUGUCACCAUAGUAAAUACAGAUGGCAACGUCAUACUGAGUGUGCAAAAGACUUAUUAUUUGCGUACGUCACGUAAAUUAAUAAAUAGCUCUUCGUUGAUCCUCGUGGAGAAAUCAUUGGAUUAAAUAUCGAUUCUAGCCACUAUUUGGGUAAAUAAAUAUUGAUAUAAUUAUUUAUUUUUUAACGUACGAGAUCCCCAUGCUGCUGCAUAGAGACAGUCGACCAUCUGUUAUUUACUAUUACACUUUAUUAAUUAUAUUCUCUAUGAAUGUACUAUGUAUACACGUCUACUUGUACUUGAAUCCUUUUAAGGAGGGAGAGAGACAGAGAGAGAGAGAAUGUAAGAGUGUGUGUGUGUAUGUGAGAGAGAGAGAGAGAGAGAGAGAGAGAAGGUAUUGCGCGCAGGUGGUCCUGCAGGAAAUCAAAGGAGAUUCUUAAAGGAAUACCAGAGACUAAAAAAAAUAAUUAAAAAAACAAGAGAAACCGUCCCAUCAUGCACAUCACUGUAAUUCAUCAAGUCUCUCAUUUUCAGAAGACAAACAAUAAAAUAUUUUUCUACGUAUAA